CUGCACUGCAUUUCUCGAGGAUAUCAGAGGUCAUACCUGCAUUUCAGUUUGUGCCUUGUGGGAUCCCCCUUGCCUGGAGGCUCUCUGCAGGCAGAGGUCCAGCCUCACUGCCUCUGGACUCUUUCCUGCAACUGAGAAACGACCCAGCCCACAGCAGGGAAGGAGUUAAGUGCUUGACCAGCUGCUGUCUGUGAGGCACUGAAUUCCUUCCCUGUGCAAUCCAGCAGCCAGUGUCAGGACAGCUAUAUUUAGAAAGCUGAUAAAGGUUUGGUGCCAGCAGUUGUCCUGCCCCUCGAUGAAGAAGCUGUAGAGGGAGUGAGAGGGGGGCAGCUGGUUGCUUUCCCCCCAGUACCGCUCCUUGCUGCCUUCGGACUCCUUUGCUGUGUUGCCAGCAGGGACCCCCAGUGGAGCCAUCAGGCACAGGGGGAUCCCCAGCAGCCACCAUGGCCAGCGGCAGAGAUUCGGACAGUGAGCCGGCGGUGCCCCAGGAGGAGGAGGAGGAGGGUCCAGAUGUGAAGGCCGUGCAGGCCCAUUACCUGCGCAGCCCCUCGCCCAGCCGGUAUUCAGUGAUAUCAGACACUGACACAGAGAGCAUCUUCAUGGAGCCAAUCCAUCUGUCAUCUUCUGUGGCUGCCAAACAAAUCAUCAGUGAAGAGCUGAAGACAAAGGACAUCAGGGUGGACUCGGUGUGUCCCAGGAUGUUGGAGUCUGCGCAGCAGCUGAUGGUGGAAGAUCUGUACAACCGAGUUAAGGAAAAGAUUGAUGACACCAGCUUGUUUAACACGCCGUGUGUGAUGGACUUGCAGAGGGCACUUGUGAAGGACAGGCUGGAGACCCCCAGGGAUGCUGUGGAUGAAGUCUGGCCUAAUGUCUUCAUAGCAGAAAAAAGCGUUGCAGUGAACAAAAGCCGUUUGAAGAGACUGGGGAUCACUCAUGUCCUGAAUGCAGCUCAUGGCACAGGUGUCUACACAGGAGCAAGUUUCUACAAUGGCCUCAAUAUCCAGUACCUGGGCAUUGAAGUGGAUGAUUUUCCAGAUACAGAUAUCUCCAAAUACUUCCGCCCAGCUGCAGAGUUCCUUGACGAAGCCCUGCUGACUUACAGAGGCAGAAUCCUUGUCAGCAGUGAGAUGGGCAUCAGCCGCUCAGCUGUGCUGGUGGCUGCCUACCUGAUGAUCUACCACCACAUGACCGUUCUGGAGGCUCUGAUGACCCUGAGGAAGAAGCGUGCCAUCUACCCCAAUGACGGCUUCCUGAAGCAGCUGCGCGAGCUCAAUGAGCAGCUCUUGGAGGAGCGAGAGCUGGAGCGUUCUGGAGAUGAAGAUGUGACUCCAAGCCAAAGUCCUCUUCCCGGCACAGGGAUUUCUUCACGGCUGUCUGGAGCUGGGGACUCAGGGAGCAUCAAGGGAGCCAAAGCCCACUCCAUCACAGUAGAAGAAGAGGACACCAGCAGCAUUCUGGGUAGUUUUAUGAGCUCUUCAUCAGUGGAAAAAACUAGCUGGGUUUCCAAACACUCCACCCUGAUCACUGAGGAGGAAGAGGAACAAUUGUAUGAGGAAUGGAGGAGGAAACAAGGCCUAUCUGCAAAGGAAGCAGGAGUUCACCAUGAAAGAAGAACAUCUCCAAAGCAUCCGGAUCAGGAAGAGGAGCAAUCUGAUGAGGAUGUGGAAUGGAGGAUCCAUGACUGGCAGCGCAGAAAUGAGAAAUACCAGAUGGCAGGUACAGCCAGGGAGGAGGAUGGUGAAUGCAGCCUGGGAGGAAGACCUUACCCAUCAGGUGAAUUCAGUGAUGCUGAGAGCGUGAGCAGUUUUGAGAUCCGAACCCUAAAAAAACAGCUGGAAGCCAGUAGCUUUAGCAGGAUGAGGAGGAGCCGCACAGGCUCUACGUCUUCUGAGAGCACCUGGGACAUGUGGAAUCAGAGGCUUCUGGAGAUUGAGAAAGAAGCUGCUCAGAGGUAUCAUUCUAGGAAUAAAACCUGUGGGGAGAGACAAUCCCCAGAAAUGGGAAGAAAGGAGAGGGAUGUGGAUGAGGAGAGUGUGUUUUCAGACUCUUCCUGUAGCUCCUUCUACAAUUUCUGCCAAAAGAACAAGGACAAGUUGACUCCUCUAGAAAGGUGGAAGGUCAAGAGGAUCCAGUUUGGCUUUCACAAGAAGGAUUUAGAAUCAUCAUCUGUGCCAUCUCCAGCAGAGGAUGGCAGCCAGACAGGUCAGGAGGAAACAGAAGGGAAGAGUUUGUCAGAUAUUGAUCUGACUGCUUACCAGGCUUGGAAAAUGAAGCGGCAGAAGAAGGUGGGCAGUGAAAGCAGCAAGGAGGAAUUUGUGGAAUUUGCCAAAACUGAGGAUUCUGCUUCAGCUAAAAAGAAGCAGAGGCGUGUAGAGCUCCUUGAACGUUCAAAGAAAAUUUUAGAAGAAAGCCAGUCCAUGUGCAGCUGGGAGACAGAGAGUACAAUGAGUGGGAGUAUUCCCCUGUCAGCUUUCUGGCCUUCAGCACCUUCUGCAAGCGGUGCCGACGAUGCAGCUUCUGCCCUGAGCAUGCAGACAAAUCAUUCGUCUUUGACACAGGCCAGGAGUUGUACGGGAGCAACGCAGCUGCAGAUGCCAAAUAUACCCCUUCCCAGUCUCCCAGUUGGCCCAGGUGACACAAUAUCCAUGGCAAGCAUUCAGAACUGGAUCGCUAACGUGGUCAGUGAAACCAUUGCUCAAAAGCAGAAUGAGAUCCUGAUGCUGUCCCGUCCAUCGUCCGCCAUGGCCUCCCUGUCAGGAGACCUCGGCAGGCGUGCAGAUGAUGACAAGGUCUCUCUUCUCAGUGCUCAGAGUGGCUCAUCUCUCGCUGCCUCUCAGCUCCACCAGCAGGACCUGCACAGGGCUGAGUCUCAGUCUGUGCUGUCUUGCAAUACCUCCAUGAGCACAAGGACAGACAGGACUGCUUCAAACAUGAAGAUGAGCCAGACAAGCAAACCACUGUACAGCCUCUUUGCUGAUGAUGUUGACCUAAAGAAACUCAGGAGGAAGGAGAAGGAGAUGCAAAUGGAAAUGAGAGAAAAAAUGUCAGACUAUCAAAUUGAAAAGGUGAUCAGAGACAAUAAACGCAGCACUUUAUUUAAAAAGAAGGUGACCAAAGCAGAGGAAAAUGAAACAGAAGAUGACAGAGAGAGUACAACAAACAGCCACAGGCGUCCCUUGCAAGCAGAUUUUGACAGAACUGAUGCAGUCUUUGAUCUGUCCAGUCAACCUCCAACCUCAGGUGCACCAAAGUCAGAGGUAGAUACUGAUAUUACCAAGUGGCUCAAUGGCCUGAAAGCAGAAAGAGAACCACCAUCAUAUUAUGAUCAGACUGAGAAAGCUAGAGAGAAAUAUAGAUCAUCCAGAGUUAGACAGAUGGAUUCUGAGACAUCCAGUUACAGAUUCUGCAGAUCCCAAAGAAAAGAGCUAGAUAGCUGUUCUUCCUACGAGUCAACAGGAGAUUCACUGAGAACCAUGUCAAGAUUUUCCUCUGCUUCUGCAAAAGAGGACAAAAAGAUGUACAAGUUCACAAGGUCCAGGGUCAGUGAGACAAAUUCCAGAGGAAACAGCCCAGAGCUGCAUGUUUUCAGCCAGUCACCUGAACCCCCCUUUGACUCUGAAUCCCCUGAAUCAUCUACACAGAGCCGAGUUAGAGCUCAUCAUGUGGAGGCAUGUGAAGAGGAGGCCAGGUCAGACGUGUCAGAAUGUGGAGCAAAGAGAAAGUUCACCCAGAGCUUUUCAAAGUCUGAAGAGGAUGGAAAGAAGGAGGCAAAAGUGGAGCAAAGUGAAGAAAGGUUUGCAUCUAGGCAGGUCUCUCAGUACAGGCGAAGCACACGUAAAGAAGAGGAAGAAGAGAUGGAUGAUGAUGCCAUUAUUGCUGCUUGGAGAAGCCGACUAGAAGAAACUACAGCAAAGCUCCAGCGGAGAAGGGAAGAGUGACCAAGAUCAGACUACAGGAACACAAGCCACAGAGUCCCUGAAUCACUCACUCAUCAUUAAAUUUUUGAUAAUCCUUUGUGGUUUGUAGGGCAUUUCCUGCAGAUAGUUCUCUUCUUAAUCAAAAGCGAUGAAGGGAAGAGGUCAAGUUCUGCAAGUGUUUGUGGUUUGCCAGAAAGAAGAUGCUGGUAUUAAAUGAUCAAUGUAGGUAGGAACACAAUGUUAGAAGCCAUUAGGAGCCAGACGAUGUUUCAGCAGCAAAAGCAGGUAACAGUGACACCUCAAGUCAAAAGACCAAUCACAUCCCAUUUUGGUUAUUUCAAUUUCCUAGUGUCGUUAAAGACUGGACAUGUUUUUUCUAGGAUCUUUUUGAUCAUAAAUGGAAGAAGCCAACAGCCUUUUCUAGGAACUUAAAGAAUGUUUUUCUCUUAAUCAGUUUUACUUUAUACGACUGAGAAGAUAUUACCAGGUAGGCUCCAUUUUCUGCACCAGCCUUACGAGUGUCUAGAGAAAUAAGACAGUUCAGGGGAAUACAUGUUCUGUUUUACUUUACUAAGUAGCAGAAGCAAAGUGGAAUACUAGAAAAAAGAAGAUGCCUCCUGUUUAGAAGUUCAGUGCAGUAAUAAAUGUAUUCAUUGUUUUCCAUUAGAUGGAGUAAUCUCUGCUCCAGUAUGGUUGGUUCCUCCUAAUAACUUCAGGUCAACAAAGGAAAAAUGCAGUAAUAUUAACAGCCAUCCAAAAAUAAUUUUUUGAUGUAGUUAAAGAGAUAGAGUUAGGAUUAGUGUUAGUGUAGGCUGGGUUUCUGAGUAUUGACUUCACUUUGGUUUAUGUAUGCAGCUCAGCUAAGUUGGUGCUUUUGUGUUUAUAGUCAGAUUAAUUUUCAACAUGAUUGCCUUGAAAGAAAAGAGCAAUACACACACUGACCUCAUAAUAAAAUUGUUUAAUUAGACUAUAGGUGUAAGGUAUUGUGCACCUAAGGAGAAAUUGUGUGUCUGUGAAGGUGGCACCUGGAAGCUUGUUUUUAGGAGGUGGUGGUAGGUUCAAAUGGCAUCUUACUGUUGAAGUGUUCUUUGUAUCCUGAGCUACACAGGAAGAAGCCCAGCCUCCAUGGUAACUGAGUACUCCAGGUUAAGAGCCUCGGGUCUUCCCAUGCCCUGCAGAACCUUGUGAGCUAGUAUGACACAACCCAGCAGCUUGCCAUAGCAUCACUUGUGUGUCUUUCCACACCACAGCACCCAACCCUCACCAGUCAACAUCCUCCACGUCUCUCUUAGAAGCACAUAGGCUGGUUUCUACUGACUUUGGCUCUGGAAUUAUCAGUUCCCUCUUCUGUACAGACUGUAUUUUGAACCAACAAAGCCCUCUGGCAGAGCUGAAUCUAAAACAACAAUGGAGGGAUGAUGCAGUAGCGCUCUCUCACAGGAAGUUUGUCUUUUUCUUGUAAUCUCUUCUCCCUCCCACUGUGAUGCUUAGGGCUCACCAUUACCAUUAUGCUAGUACCUCUCCCUAUUUUAAUUGUGUAAUACAGACAGCAAGCUCCACAGGGCAAGGGCCUGCUCUUUGUCCCUGUCUGUAUGGCGCUACACACAUCAGCAAUGCUAUCUAAAUAAUGGUUACUGAUAACAAAAUGCAGCUGGCAAUUUUCCUAAACUUAGAAUCAUUUCUCUCAACUAUAACUCACUGAUCAGACAUUAUCCCUGCUUCUCUGAAGAUAAAGAUGAUUCUUUCUGACAGCCAGGACUGGGGUAAAUGAUAGCUACUUAUUCUCAGGUGAAUGGAGUCUCACAAUCAGGUGAUUAACCAGUAACAAAGGUAGAAAAAAUAAGAGAAAUCACUUACUUGUGUGGGUUGUUUUGGGGUUUUGUUUUUUUUUUUUUUUUAGUAAACUCAGAUUACAUUUCUGAAAUACAUAAGGAACAUGGUUGUGCUAAUGUUUCAGGCAUGCAGAGAUGCUCUAUGGUUUAUAAUGCUCUUCUACUAUAAAAUAAUAUAUAAUACAAUGCAUCCCUUGUUUCUGCAUAUUUCUGUGAGUUGUUAUUUUUAAAGUAGUGAAAUUCCAGGCCUUGAGCCACAUUCUGAGAAUUUAUAUUGAAUUUCUGCAGUGCAUGUUAGGAUAGGCAUUUUCCUCUUUCCUUCAUCCCUGGUAAAGUUGCUCCACAGAAAACAGCUCUGCAUAGACAUAUUUGGAGCUUGCUUUAAUUUCAUCCUAGAAAAGGUCUUAAGUUUUGAUGGAUCAAAGUGGAAGUGUGCAAUACCUUCUGGCACUGAAUUUACUUUUUUAUCAAAGGCUGAUUCCCUCUGAAAAAUCCCUCUCCUGCUUCCUGUGCCUGGGUGUUCCCAGCAGACAAGCCUGUCCUCUGCAGUACUGCAGGGGGCAUCUCGAGCUGUAAAAGACAAGCAGUAGAUGAUGUAGUAAUUGGUUUCAUUUUGCACUGUACAGCACAGCCUUUGUUUGGGCAGCAUUUUGAUUUAAACACUAAUCUAGGUCUGCUGCACAAAUAAAUUAUUCAAGACCGAGGGGCAGAAUAUGGUUCUGUAACAAGUCUGAGCCAGACCGUCCUGAUAGCGAGUUUUGACCCUUGUGAGAAAGGGUUAAGUGGGUUCUGCUGACUCAUUGAGGUAGGUGGCUUAUUAGUUCGCUUGUGUAAAAGGGAGAUAAAAAUGGUUUGCUGGGGAGAGGCCAUCUAAGAUGCUGGCUGAGCAGCCAUGAGGGAGAAGCCUUAGAAAUAGCUGAACUUUAUUUUCUUAUUGCUUAUAUCCUUGUUAAUAAAGCCAAACCCCCAAAGCAAUAAGGGGGUGGGGAUCAUUUUGGACUCCAUGCAGUAUAUGGCCGGUGCUUGAAAGCAAGAUGGGAAAGGCUCCAGCUCACAGGUAUAAAUUACAUGAAACAGUGACAUAAAGACCUUGCAUGGUGAAAAUAUUAAAGCAUUCAGUCAUAAGACCAAUAACCAGGAGAGACAGAAAUGGAGGGGUUGAAGGCAGGCUAGAAAGUCAGGUUUUAAGAUGAGAAUUUAGAAGGAGAUAAGGAAGUACUGAAAGGGGAGAGGUCUGCACAGAUUGUUUCAGGUGACCAGAGCUGCAGAGUGAAUGGUUUUUCAGCAAUGACACCAGUCUGACAGUAGAUUAAAAGAGUAAAUAAGUACUCAAAUUUAUCUAGGAAGGAUUUUUCAGCAAAGAUGUGCUGGGACUGAUAUUUUUUCUCCCUCUCAGUUUGCUGCUGUAGGGAGGAGGGGUUUUUUGGCAUUGUAUAGUGGAAGCUGAAAGUGAAAGGAGCAUCCAUACGGUCAGUUAAGAAUAUAAACACAAGAACAUAAGAAAGGCUGUAUGGGGUCAGACCAAAGGUCCACCUGGCUCAAUAUCCUGUCUCUGAUAGAGAACAACAGCGAAUACCUAGGGAAGAAUAAAUACAGUGAUAAAAGUGUUAUUUCCCCAGCAUGAUCUUCCAGCUUCUAAUCAUUUGCAACUCAAGGACUUCCUAAGCCAGGUGUGAUAUUUUUGUAUUUAAUAGCCCUUAAUAGGUUUUCCUUCUAUGGAAGUGCCUAGUAAUUUUUGAGUUAUAACCACUAUAGCCUAGUACCCACUAGCCUCUGUGACCUCUUGUAGCAAGAAGUCACACAAGUUACUGCACACAAAAUGCUAAGCCAUCUUCUUUCUGCCUGUUCGGAACCCUCUGCCCACUAGCCUUCAAUGCCAAUCUAGUCUCUGUUUAGUAUCUGCAUGUCCCACAAGAUUUCGUUUUGUCCCAUCCUUAAUUCUCUUGUUUUUCACCUGCGUUACUUAUUCCUCCUAUAGGGGCUGCCCCAUGUCUCUUCAUUGUCCUGGCCAUUCUUCUCUGAACUAUUUCUAGUCCUGCUUUGUCAUGUUUUGAGAUGAGGGACCAAAUCCUCAGACAGUAUCCAGGGUGCAGGUGUGGCAUGGAUUUAUUCUAUGGCAUAUUGACCUUUUUUUUCUCUUUUCUGUUCCUUCCCUAUUGACUGCUACAGUGUGCAUGUUUCGUUGGCUGUUGCUGAGCACCAGAGUGAUGUUUUCAUUGAACUAUUUAUUUUAUGCACCAAAUCUUGUUGGAUAGCAAUGGUCAGCUCUGAGAUCAUAAUUUUCUAUGUAAAGUUUUCUUAUUUGUAAUGUUUUACAUUUAUUAAUCUUGAAUUUCAUCUGCCUUCUUAGUUCUCAGUCUCUCUGUCACAUUAAGUCCUUCUGCAUUUCUCCACAGCCAUCCUCCCAUUUCUACUGCUCUGUUUCCUUAAUGUCCUUUGAACAAGGUAGAAACUCAGAGGAUGUGGGAAGCAAAGAAGUUAAGGAGGGAUAGAUGAGAGAGAAACCCAUUUGAUGUUGAUCUGCUUGAAGUAAGAAAUAAGAAAGUGAUGAAAGUCAGAGAGCUAGGAGAUAAAUGUUCAAAAAGAGAUCUGAAGACAAUAGGCAAAUUGAGAAGGGAGCCUACAGUGGUCAGAGACAGGAAGAUACAAAUGUAAGCCAAAGAGGCCAAUGCAAAAUAUUAAUUUUUUUAGAGGUAUCAAUGUCUGGGAAAAGGUUAGGAGGCAACAUCUGUGGGAAGAAAGGAGAUACAAAGGAGUUACAAGUCAGUGAGAAUUGUGAAGGGGACUGGGAGAAAUGGAAAGAGUGAGAGACAUUAGUGGGACACAGAUGAUAAAAUGACAUCGGUGCUGGAUUGGGAAUUCAAUGUGUACAAGCAAGUUUGAAGGAAGUGGAAAUGUGCCAGAAAUAUGUUAUUCCUACUGUAAGUGCUGCAUUUUGCAUUGUAAUGCUCAUAGCGGUGGGGCCAUGGCCCAUUUCCCCCAUCUAGGAAUUUCAGGACAAUGUGAUUUAUUGCGUGCAGCACUAGCUUAGACUGGAUAAUUUUAAAAGGAGUUUAGCACCACUUCCUUCCUUUACAGCUCCUUGAGAAAUGCUUACACAUUAGCUGUGGUGGAGAGCUAGGUGAAUUAUGAGACAAAAAGUUUUAUUUGGGGAGGUUAUGUUGCAUUGCCUGCCUUUCCUUAAAGGGUGUAGCUGGAAUUCAUUCAAUAUAGACAUUAUAAUGUGAAAACACAGUAUCCAUGACCUUCCUAAAUUUAUAGACAAUCCAACAAAGGUACUGAAAGCAUGUGAUUAAUAUAGUCUAGGGCUUGGAAACAGACACUGCAUACUCAUGUAAUCCAGCAAAUCUCUUUGAGAGCUAUCUACCUAUUCUCUGAAAUUUCACUUGUCAUGGAGAAAAAUGAAAGUGAGUCCGAUCUCUGGCUGUUCUAAUUGUGAAGGAAACUUCCAGAAUGGGAAGUAUGUGUAACAAAUAAACUGUUCUCUAAAGAGGUGAAAGCAUAGGUCUAAAUGGUGUGUGAAUUGCCCCAGUCAUUUCAGCAAGGUUCUAACUUAUUUGCCCAGAAGUAAUAAUUUAAAUGCCAAUAAUAUCUGUCACCCUGUACUUCAUGUAAUAAAUUGAAAAAGCUUCAAAGUGCAUGUAUUUAGCUUGUGUAUUGCCAAUACAAGCAUAAUCUGCUUGAAUGAGCACCCUGUCAUUGUGGUUGGUUUUGUUGUUUUCUGGUUUGUUUGGGGGUUUUUUUGUUUGGUUGGUUUUUUUGGUUUUGUGGUUUGUUUUUUUUUUUUUUUGCUUAGGGUGCCUUUUGUUCUUUGUACUCUUUUGGUACAUUUCAACAUAUUCAGGAGCUGAUUUCAUGUUGUUUCUAGCUAUCCUCCUGUUACAACCACUCAGUAGCUUCUGAGCUUGGUGUUUUCAUGUGACUGCUGUACCUCUGCCACAGGGUGCACACACACACAAAAACACACAGAGAUACAAAGAGAAAACAUUAUUUGUGACUUAUAAAAGCAGGCAACAAUAUGAAUUCAGUUCUUCCCAGGACUAUUCAAGUGUGGUGAUGUGAAAACUGUCUUAGAGAGCUGGAGAAGGGACAUCCUGUCUGUGCUUUGAACCUUCCCCUCUGAAUUGCAUUUCAUUUUUAUUUGCAUGUAUCUUUAAAACAGACAAUUUUAAUCCUUAUACAAGAGCAUAACUGCUUCCACAUCUGAUUCAUAUCUGCAGGUAGACUGGUUUACUUUUAGUUAAGAUCUGUGUGCCCCGGAAGACACAAAUGUGUGUAAUAGAAAACUAGCUUUAUUGUUAACUAUGAAGAGAACAUUGUCUCUACAUAAUCAGUCAAUCAAUCAAUCAAUCAAUCAAUCACUUAUUUUUUUCCAGUGCACCCUUCAUGCCAACAUGCCUGAAUGCUUUAUGGUCAUUAAAUUAAAUCAAAGAACACACCACAGAAUGGACAAGGCCAGAUCAAUAAAUCUUAAAACCUGAUUCAAACUUACCAAGGACUCUGCACAAGUAACCAUGACAGGAAGGAUGACUCCAGUCAGGAGGGCAUGUGUGUGGGCAUAAAACUGAAACAAGACUUAGCUGAUACUAAUUAGAAGACAGAAACAUUUAAAGGAACUUAUUUUUUGUAAUUUUUAUAGCAUCACCCAGCUGCCAACACCAUCAACCUGCACCUUAAUGUCUUAAAAGUAUUUUGAGGUUUAUGAGUGAUAUAAGAAAAUAACAAUGGUGGCAAGAACUUUUUAUAACUUUUAACAGCUGCAUGCUUCAGGGCACCUCUUGCCUAAUUUUAAAGAUUUGCCUAUUUGUGAUCUCUCCAUUUGAUUAUUGCAGGGCACCAUAUUAAAGAAAGAUGCAGUAAACACCAGCUGGCAAUAACCACAGUAUGACUGCUCUGUCUUCAUGGACCAUCCCAGCAAUUUGAUCUUUGCAAUGACUCCAUGCUGAACUCAGAUCCAGUCAGAAGUCAUCCAUUAGCUGGGCAGAACAUUUCUCCCUCCUUGCUUGAGAGGAGAGCUUUAUGAAACUGCAAUACCUUUUAUGAAACUGCCAAUUAAUGGGGAGCUUUGUACAUUUUGCUCAUAGAAAUAUCCCAGUAGCUGUCACAACCUAUGGAGGUUCAUUCCCAAAGCACAUAAAAUGACCACAGGCCUAACUGCGUUCAAAACUAAAAGCAAACCCCAGUUCUUCAACUUAAACUUCCUUCCCUCAAUAAUGUCGAGGCAUGUGCUCCUCAGUCUGUGAAUUGGAUCAAAAAUAUUGCCUAGAGGCAAAGGGUCAGAGGAGAUUCCACUUAUGAAAAACAGGAGGCCCUCAAAAGGGUGCAACCUCAGUUGCUGAACAGAUACCACAAAUAGGAUGGAUAAAAGCCCACAUGAGACUGGUAUGUGAGCAAGCAGAAGCUGACAGUUGCCCCUCAGGAAUAGAGUAUAAAGCUUUCAGUUCUGCAGGAGAUGUGAUCUGAAAGUCUGCUUCCUGGAAGCAAUCGCACCUGAACUGUUGCAUGGUGCUGCAGUUGCAUAAUUUAAUAGUUGUCAUGUUUCAUUCCAAGGUGAGUGUUCUUGGUGGUAGUGUACAUAAAAAAUUUGUAUGUCAUUAGGGAUAAAAGGUUCUAUGCCAGACAAGGUCAGAUAUUAUCCUCACGAGUGGCAGAAGAGGUCCAUAUUAAAACAAAGAAGGUGUUUGAUUUCCUUUAGAACGUGGGCAGAUGAUUCAGACCCACGUGCCCUUCAUAUGCUCUGUCUCUCCCCUUCCUAUCCCCUUUCUUUUGAAACAGAUUUAAGUCCAUCUACUUUUAUAUUUUCAAACAAAACCCAUAAAAGGGCCAUAAAUAUCAUGACUCGCUAAAAUGAAAGCUGUUUUCUUCUUCUCCCAGGAGACUCCUGCCUGAGAGAGAGACAGAAAGAGUUCACCUCUUUGAAAAUUUCCUCCUCUGUCGAAGUAAAGCUGGUAUCUAAAAGCAGCCUUCAAGGCUUUGUUCUUAUCAUCUUGACCUGGCUUUGUACUGGCUUCUCUCUGUAUUGCUUGUGGAAGUGUGAAGGACGGGGCUAGGGGAAGGAGUUUUGGCUAUCACUGGCAGAGCAAGGGUCAUGCUUGGAAAGGGAUUUCAUUGUGGUUUCAGAAAACAUUAUAAACUCAGUGCAGUGGCAGAAAGAAUGAAGAAACUCAUUCCCUUCCUGGAUCAGACCAGUGAUCCACCCUUUGUGUCUCUGAUGUUGGCCAGAACCAGAUUCACCUCAGAAGAUAUAAAAAAAGUUUAAGUGGGUAAUUAUGGAAUAACCUGCCCUGAGUAAAAUUUUCUCCCCUUCUGGCCCAAAGCCCUCCUUCAUCUCUCCUCCUUGGUUAGAGUUCAACUCCAUGCCCUGAAGCCUGACGGCUUCUCUCCCUUCCAAACCGCUUUUCAUCCUGGCCUGUCUCAUGUAACUGCCUGUGACAGUGAUGGGAUGUAUAGGUCUUGUCCACUGAGAGUCUGUGACAGAUCAUAGCCUUAUUGGAAAGAGAGGCAGAGAGGCUGAAGAGAAGGCGAGGGAGGAGAGCAUAAACUCAGAUGAAAUAUCCAUCAGGAAGAUGGAAAGAAGAGUGAGUGCCUGGGAAACUAAUUGCUGCCUGCUGAUGGAGAUAGCUUGCAAGUGAGCAGUUUUGGUUUUCAGAGAUUUCAGCCUGAAGCACACUAGGAACGUCAACUCUUGGUUGAAACUACUGUUCAUCAAUAUUUCCCUACAUAUAUAUAUAUAUAUAUAUAUGUAUGUAUAUGUAUAUAUAUAUAUAUACACAUAUUUUUUUUUAAGCUGUAGAAGUAUGACAGUAGUCCUGAGAAAACAAUUCCAUUAUAAUCUAAGGGAGCUUUUUCUUCCACUGAAGUUCACUACUCAUUUCUGAAAAGGUAUUGGCAUCAUUUGGGGCUCUUAGACACUGAACAUGGAGGAAAAUCAGGCUAUUUUUCUACUGCCCAAAAACUAUUUAGGAAUCCAAAGUUAGAUAUCCUGCCUAGGUCCUUAUCCCUAUCACACAGAGAUGGCUGCUCAUAAUCCCAAGUUGAGCAAAGCCCAGCUUCUGUGGAUUUGUUUGGCCAUCGCACAGAGCAUCAAAAUUUAUGUGACACAAUGCCAGUUGCCCCAAGGUAAGGAUUAGAAUUGUCCAGCACAUGAAAGCUCUUGACUUUUUAGACAUCGUCAACAUUAUCGCAGGGGAUAGCACUACACCACAAAAAGCAUUAACAAAGUUCCAGGGAUUGUUUAAAUGGACUUUCUAGAUAGACACUUUCCAGUUGUAUGCAGGUUGAAUGACAGCUUUCACUUAUUUGUCCAGGAGCUCAACAAUUCCUAGGGAGAGGGAAAGAAGAGCUAGGUUUUGGAUCAUAUCCAAGUCUCAGUAAUGAUUAAUUUCACUCCCACAGUAUCCACUGUUUCCCAUAUCCCUUUCCCUCAAAAGUGUGGCAGAGGGAUCUGGAGUUUUACGAGUGAUGGGUGUUGAAAUCACACCCAGUCUCCUGGAUACCACGCUGAGGUGUUCAAAGCAUCCUGCUGGUGUUGGCUGAGCACAGGAGAUUGUUCAUUAAGAAAAAUGACUGUAUCAUUCAUACUGGGCACAGCUGCAGUGAGCAGCUCAGUGGCAGUGUUCAAGGCUCUGUAAUCUCUUGUUAGUUGCCACUUGCCAUUAGAUUUUUUUGCUGGCCAUAAAGGAGAAUUGUAGGGGAAAUGAGACGUGACGAUAAUUCCCUGUUCUUCCAGCUCCUUUAUCAAUUCAGUAACAGGACAAAUAGCAGCAGAAGGUAAUGUGUAUUGUGGAAUAUUAACUGCCUUACUAUGGGGUAAAGGAGCAGCUGUUUGCAACAGAUUAGCAGUCAGAGAUGCAUCUGUAGGAGAUAAACUCGGGGACAGAAAGGGUGAUGUCCCUAUUUCCCAUUUUCCCCACGACUGACCCUUCAAUACAUCCAUGUCCAGUAUAUUAACGGCACCCAAAAGUAAGGUCAGGUGGAUUGUCUGUCCCUUAGACAGAAUCAGCUUUGCCCUGAGCAGAGGGUGGUUGGUGGGUUUCCUAUUGUGGCCUGCCAUAGAAACUUGACUGCUUUCAGAGCAGAGGCUGCCCUUUGUAAGUGUCCUUAUGUACCAUGGAUAUCUGGAUUUCUGUCAGUGAGGAACGUUGUGAGGUAGGGAUGGAUCAUUAAUUUGGGACCAUCAUCUUGGGACUGAGAUCCUCAGCAGUGGGAGUAGCACCCACCUUAGUUUCCUAAAUAUCCAGUCUAGGUUUAGUGCUGGUAGGUUUGGAUAUAUUCCUGAGCUUACAGCACUUGCAUGCUCUAUCCCUUUGAACCAUAUGGUGUCACCCCGUCUCCAAACACAGAUCCCAGAGGGUUAUGAGAAGUAAAUGAGGAAAACUUGUCCAUUGCCACAAAAGGAAAACUGGUAUCUCAGAGACAGCUCCUUCCCUAAACAUAUUUUCCAUCAUCUUUUACACUCAGGAGUCACUUACCAGGUUUCUCAAUUUCUGCUUUUGUCUUUCACACAGAAGCAGGCUCGCUCUUUUACAUUUUCUCUGGCUGCGGAUCUCCCUUGGAUCUCCCUGGGAUGUGUAGUGGUAUAUCUGCCAGCCUACGCUGAAGGACAUCAUGAAGAAUAAUACCAUUUAAGCUCAUCUUAUUGGCCAAUGCUAAAGAUUCCCACACCCCCUCAGUUUCCAUUAGACACACAUCAGAAUUGUGCAGGCUCCCAAAUCACAUCCCAAGGAUGCAGUUCUGCUGGGAGGGGUUGUCAGGCUCCUGGGGCAAGGGGUGCUGGUCCUUCUAAUUCAGCUAAAAUCACUGUUUUACCAUGGCUGCAUAAAGGUCCUUUAGUUCUUCCUGGUACCUGUCGUGCCUACCUGGCUUUGCUUCAGUCCAAUGCUGCUGCUUCCUGCAUACAUCAGGCCUUAGCAUGAGCUGGGUUGGCCAAACCAGGAACCUGAGUCAGAAAGCCCAGGAUCUUAAGCAAACAAAUGAAAACAAACAAAAGGGCUUGGUUUUAUUAUUAUUAUUAUUUAUCAGGAAAUGUAGUGAGAGGAAGUGGGGUAACCAUUUUAAACUGAAAAAGCGUAGAUUUACAUUAAAUAGUGAGGUAGAUUUAUGUGAAAUAUUGGGAAGAAAUUCCUUACUGUGAGGGUGGUGAGGCCCUAGCACAGGUUGCCCAGGGAAGCUGUGGAAGCCCUAUGUCUGGAAGUGCUCAAGGCUGGGUUGGAUGGGGCUCUGAGCAACCUGGUCUGAUGGAAAGUGUCCCUGCCUAUGGCGGGGGGGUUGGAACUGGGUGAUCUUUAUGGUUGCAUCCAACCCAAAACAUUCUAUGGUUCUAUGACUGUUUUCUUCUAAUCCACUUACACAGUGCCACUGCCUGCUAUGUAUAGGGUGAUAAGAAUCUUAUUUCACUGAACUGACCUUACUCAUGUGUCCACAGCUUGGUCUGAUGAUGCUUACACACUGUAAAAUAAUCCCUUAUUUCUGUGGUAAAUCUCUCUUGUAUCGACAAUUAAGUACCCUUUAUAAUUCCAUUUUUUCGCUAUGUUUACAACAACAUAGCUAUUAAAAAUGUAUAGAAAAUGUAAAUAACUUACCUAAUAUUUUUCCUAGACAGCUUUCUCCUUGGCUCUCCUUCAGUUAUGAAUGCCUUGGAGAAGAGAUCAUUCUUGCUUAGUGCCUGAAAAUGCCUAAGCUUCUAGGGGGAGCUACAGUAAAUAAAAAAAAUUAUGCUGGAUUCUAUUUUCACUAAAAGAAAAAUAGAAAGGCAUGUUAUAACCCUGAUUUGGUGUGAUUAUACUGUAAAUAGGCCAUAAACAGUCAAAGGGAAAAUAACCCACAAUAUUCACACCUUUGAGAGACUGUGAGGUGGUAAUCGCUAUUCUUCCCUGCUGUUCAAAAUAUUUUCCAAGUGUCCUCGAAACUGCAUUGGCAGCAGAAUGUGGCCCAAUUCAAGGGCUUUAAUGCUACUGCUAAGUAGAAAUGAUUUUUGUCCUCGAAAUUUUCAGUGAAAUAGUCUGUAUUUUGCAAAAGAAAAAGCAUAGCUAUUCACUGCAAAAGCACUAAGAAAAAAGGCAGAGACCAUCAGAAAUCUUUCUGACAAGACAAUUCCAUGUUUAAAAACAAAAUUGUCCAAUUAAGCAAAAAGUACAAAUGUUGAAUUUCAAAAAUAGGUAUGUUCUAUAUUAAGAUGACAAAGAAUUUCAGUAUUUCUUGCUGAAGUUAAUAGGGAGCAUAACGUCCACUUUAUACAUGGGGAAACAGAAACAGAGAUUUGCCUUCAGCUCAUUUUUUUCACUUUUCCCCAAGAACUGUUGCAUUUUCCAUGCCACACACAGAACUGGAAUUUGAAACAGUUGGUGUAGCUUACCUUUAAGACCACAACCCUUCUUUACAAGCAGCAUGGCUACCUCCGCCUUCACAAUGCCACAGAAGAGCUCUGCCAGAGAAUCGUUCCAAAACCUUGCAGGGAGAUGCUGUGCUUUUCCUGCCAUCUGUGGUGAGAAUCUUUUUCAUCUUAUAUCCAUGCCCAUACUCAACACUUUAAAAUCUUUCACCUUUAUGACCUGUUAUUUCUCAGCAUCUUUUUGGGCUGACAGAUAGCUAAGGAUAUAGAUAUUUACUGUCACUGCAUUAAUAUCCAGAGGUCUUAACUAGCACCAGGACCCCACUGCAGCACGUACAGUACAGCAUGCAGCACAAUUCUAGAUGUUCUUGCCCUGAAAGACUUGCAAGUUAAAUGAAUGAAACAGACACAGGCUGGGAGAAAGAGAUUGCAUCUGUAAGUGUGUUUGAGAGCCAGAAACUGAGCCUGGUGUUGUACAUGGAUACUGCAGCAGCAGAAGCAGGAAAUUUCAAAAGAUAGGGCUAAAUUCAUCUUGCUAACAAACAUUCUCCAUCAGCAAUCACUCACCUCUCUGUGGUGCAAUUAAACACUCACUGGCCUCCAGAGAGCAUAAGCACAACUUUCUAAACUGGUGAUUAAGACCUUUGUCUGUGAGGGGCAGACAUAUGUUUCAGGCCUUUUUCCACAGAGUGUGUGAUGUGAAAGAGUAUAGCAUUUAUCAGUGCAGGCUUUUCCCCUCCCAAGUCAUGGCCCCUGGCUGCUACCCUGCAAAGCAGCAGGGCUCUGCCUUUUUGGUCCAAAGAAUACUUAAAUAACCAUUUCAAAAGGAAAUCGUUAAUUUGGGACUCUUAACAGAAUAAUCAACAGCACAGGGAAAGAGCCUGAUGCCUCCUUAGACCCAGAUUCAGGUUCUCUGAGUGAGUUAAAAUGCUGUCUUCUGAGAUGGCCUGAACACUGAGCUACUGAGUUGAAACAUGCCCCUCUCUGCCUUUUGUCACCUGCUGCUGAUGGGCUGUGUCUUGUCUGUGGAUAAGGGUGGCGUUAGAACUGAAGGUAACUUCAGGUCUGCGAGCACAGGCCAGGGAGAAAUUCCUCAUUGCAGUUUCAUGUUUAUCCAUCAUAACCCGGUGUAAUUGCAGACUGUCCCUAAAAUAUGUCGGACUGAAUUUUGCAGUGCUUCAAUCAUCUUUUGGAUCUGGGUCACACUGAUGGUACAGGUGCUUUCAAAUAUAAAUACAGGCCAUCACAUGGAUGGGACAUACACUCCUGGCAAAACUGGGCACUCUUACCAUGUUUACUGUGUUUUUCUGUUUGAGAAGUGAUUCAGAAACAAUCAGAUUGGUUCUGGCUCUGUGUGGCAGAUUGCACUUGAGCAUGCAGCAGCCUCCUAGCCAGCAGAAAGCUGGGCUAAAUCACCCACUGGAAGUACAAGCCUGCUUUAGCAUUUAACACUUCCUUAGCAUUUAACAGUGAAACUCAGCAAAACGUCAGCUUUUAUUUUUGCGUUGUCCUAGGCUCAAAGGCUCCCAAGGCUCAAAAGAUUGCAAAUGCCUCUGGAGUAUCAAAGCUUCAAAUCCAAUGUAGCCUGGCUAUUAUUCCCUUCAGCAUGGGCAGUUACAGAGAUGGGAUGAAUGCUCCCUAUCUAGAUAAUUUAAAACCUGUGUUUAGCAUUAAUUCUGUCAGUUCGGAAAGCAGGCAGCUGACAACACAGGGCAAUGGAAUGCCCUGGGUUUCUGCUGGACUUGCACAUGGUAAGAGACGAUCGUGUGUGCUUGCUGGAAUGGGAGGGGUUUAGGUGAGAUUAGUGAACAGGUAGAAGAACACACUCCGAGGGAAAGGUCUUGCCAAGAUUCAUGCAGGUAGUGGCAUCAGAAAGGUGCUGCAUGUGGCACAUUACAAUGGACACACUAAAAGUCUUCCUAUUCCCUUAUUCUACCACAUGGACUGAGUUACUGUGAAAAUCAUGUUCCCUGCACAAAGGGACAGAAUAAAAUACUGUUUGGCUUAAACCUAUUCCUGCUUGUGAAGGUAAAUUAAAUCUGUUCUCCUUCAAAUUUCUUUUGUUCUGCUACUUUUAUCUUUGUGGAAAUUUUCUUUGGUGACUCAUCUGUUGUUGUCAGCCUCACCCUUACAGGUGAAAAUCAUGAACCCUUCUGAAGUUACAAGCUCUGGGAACAUGUCCUAGAGGCAACAUGGAGUUACAUAACCCCAAACAGAGUGCACUGCUUUUCCUGCCCUCCUCUGUGCCAUCAUUUGGGAGAAAGUUCUGUAGGCCAGAGAAACCAUAUUCAUAACAUCCACUAUUUAAGGCUCUCACUUGGAGUCUUUCCUUGCAGUAAGAACUGACAUACUGUCAAAGUUGACAGCACUAUGCCAGUUUAUUGCACCAGAAGACCUGGUUUUUCCUUUCCUCCCAUCUGCAGAGCUUGGCUGCUCCCAUUAUAUGAACCCUUAGUCACUCCUGCCCCUAAUAAAAUCUCCAUGCUUCACAUGCUCCCUCAGCCUCCCUUUGAUUCGUGCUCCCAGAGUCUUCCUCGCUGCUGACGUCGGGAGCCUGCACAGCUCUGUAAUUUCCCGACAGCCCUUUUCAAACACUGCCUUUUAAUCAGGUGCUGUGUUUUACCAACACUUCCUUCUCUCACUGAAUGCUUUUGAAGCGAGGCUGCUAGCACUGGUGGGGUUCCUUCUCCACUGCCCUUUUUUGUUGUUUCCAUACAAAAUUCUAGGACAGAAUUUUGUAGCUUUUUAGAUGCCCUGAUUUUUUUAAAUUUUUUUUUCUGUGUUGUGAUCCUAAUUUCCUGCAGGAUUUCUUCUUCCUCUCCUGGGAAAUUUGUCUCUAUUUCUGGCAUCUGUCCUUCCUAACCCUUCCCACGUUUCUUCCCUUCUAAAGACAGGGGAAAAGAAUCCAUUUAAUAUUUUUCUGUAGUAACGUCUAUCUCAUCUGUCAAUAAAUUACCCUUUGCCAUCUCUGGGAGACCCCUUUGUCUCCCUUCACUGACCUUAUUCUGUACCUUGCCUGGUUUUUUUUUAAGGGAGGAUGCAAUAUCCCUGGGCUGUCAUUCCAUGAAGAACAGC